AUGGCUGAUAUGGUUGGAAAAGAACAGUACGAAGAAGCACGGAAGAACUGGCUCGACACAGCCAAAGCAGCCCAACAAGCCAAAAACGAAGCCAAGAAAAAGUACAACGAAGCUCGCCCCGGCACAACCUACGUAGAAUGGCUCUUGAGACAGGUGCAAUACCAUCACAAACCCAUGUCGAACCUUCGCUCACCCUUGCAAAUAGAGUCCCGCAUUCACCAGGGCCUACCAUGA